AUGUCUUUUUCCAAGGCAAGGAUUCAGCGAUUCAACGAGCUUCCAAGUAAAGCACCACCACCCGGAGCUUACGAUCCAAAGUUUGACGUGAAAGUAAAGGGACCGGUAAUAGAGAAGAAAACCGGCAGAUUUUACGAUGGAAAGAGCACGAGUAGCGCCGAGUGCAGUGCUUCGGUAUCGAGUCGGAGCACCGGCAAUAACUCGGUUAAAAAAUUCAGAACGCCUCAAAUACCGAAGAAGAAAAUAAUAACGAAACCGGGUGGAGGUAGCGGCUCAGGGGCUAAGACAAAGGACAAGCAAGCUGCGUACGAGCCACAACAGGAAUUGGCCGAUUUAAAGGUAGAGUGUGAAAAUAAGGACAAAACCAUUCGCGAGUACGAGAGACUAAUUGAAGAAAUGAAAGUCGAAGUUAGGGAGCUCAGUGAAAAGUAUGAUUCUUUGCAAGCCAAGUUCUCGGAGAAGGAGGAGCAACAUGAGAAAGAUAUCGAGUCAAUGGUAAAUAAUAAAUACAAAAUGGAAAUUGGCAACGAAAAUGAUGAAACUAUCAAAGUAGAAAUCGCUAAUUUGGAAGACGAGCUUAAAGAACAAGUUGAUCUUGUCGACAAAAUGGUAAAGCUUGAAGCUGCUACCAAAGAAAUCGAUAAAAUGACGGAAGAAUUUAACAAAGCACUGAACCUUAAAGAUCUGCAGGUGUCGGAUCUGUUGAAACUGCAAACAGAAACUGAAUGUAAAUUAGAUCAUGUAAAAAUUGAGUUAAAAAAAUCAGAAGAACAAGUUGCAAAGCUUGAAGCUAACUUGGAAAGUAUGAAAAAAAUGAGUGACUCGCAAAAUUUAAGCAGAAGCAUAAUCGAUAAAAUGACUAAUUUCCUAGUUGACAAUUUCGAUUUUGAUAAUUCUGGUAGAAAAUGGACCAUUGAGGAUGAGUCGUUUUCUCCUGACGUUAUUGAAUUUUUAAAUAAAGUCAAACGACUGGCAACAGACUUAAAAGUAAGUUUCGAACGUGAAAUCGAGUUAUUAAGGGAUAAUUUCAACGAAGAGCGCGAAAACCUUGAGCAAAAGUUGGCUGAAAGCAACGAAACGAAUUUAUUUUUAACCGAAGAACUGAAAAAUAUUAUAAAAUCAUACAAAGAUAUUAAUGAAAGCCUGAAAGAAGUCAAAGGAGAAUUAGAAGCAGCCAACAAAAGGUGUGCAGAAAUGGCUAAAGUUCACAAAGCAGAGAUAGAACUGACAAAAAAUAUUAAUUUAGAGGAAAAUUCAAAAUUAAGUGAUUUACUUCAAGAGACAAGAAGCGAUUAUUUAAAGGAGCUCGAUAAUAUAACGAAAGCACGAAAUAGAGAACUUCUUGAAGUAAGACAAGCUGUGGAAAAGCGAAUAGAAGACGAGAAAAAACGAAUGCAAGAUUGCGCAAAUAAAAUGGUCGAAAAUGCGGAAGCUAUAACGCGAGAAACUCUGAGUGCAUGCAGAGCUGAAAGUGAAGAGAGAAUAAAGAGGGUUAUUACUGAAACUAAUGCUAAGAUUGGACUAGUUAAAAAGGCAUCCAAAGAAGAGUUACGUCUCGCAACCGAAAAGUACAAUGAACGUCUGGGUCAAUUGGAGAAAGAAAAAGAAGCUUUAAACAUAGACUUAGCUCGGAGAAAUUUAGAAAUAAUUGAAUUAAAUGCAGCGCUAGAGGAGAUGAAAUGCACUGUAGAGACUCAAGAGAGCUUCAGUCAAAGUUUACAGGACGAAUUAGAUCGAGUUGAAGCGGAAUUCAUGGAAAAAAAAGACGAACUUCGCAACUUGAAGGAACAGAUUCGCAAUGAGUCAUCAGAAUUGGUAGCUCGUAAACGUAGACUCGAACUCGUCAUGGCAGAAAAUCAAGCAUCCGUUGCAGCUUUGUCUUGCAGGCUUGCACAAAGUGAAGCUGAAGUGGAGAGAUUACAGCGAGAACUGCAAUUAAAAGAAAGCUCUCUCACUGGUUGCCAAGAGUUAUUGGGUAAUAUUACACACAACUCUAAAAUGGUCCAAGACCAGUUGGAUUCUCUUACUGGUGAUAUUGACCAAAAAGUAAAACUGAUAAAUCAAAUAGAAAUGAGAUGCGUUGAUGAUAUUAAUAAUGCGAAAACGACGUUUAACGACGAGAUCGAAAGUUUGAAAAGUAUCACGAUUAAUGAACUGAAGAAAUCUGAGCAAGAAUGUAAGACUCAGACUGAACAUAUUGAAGAGCUAAAAGCUAGUCUCCAGCAAAUGUCAAACAGAUUAGGUGAAGCGACAGAUAUGUUGCUAAAAAUGGAAGAAAUCCAUGAUGAGCGAUCUAUUGAAUUAUCUAAAUCGCAAUUGCAAAUUACAAAAUUACAGCAGCAGUUAGAUGAUAAAAAUCGAAUCAUCGAUGAAAACAUAUCUUCUUUUGAAAAACGAAUUCAACAGUAUAAGACUGAAAUUAAAGAGCUUAGGGAACAAAUAUUUAAAUUGAAAACCAAUUUAAAAGAGCAAGAAACAAGAAGGAACAAACUUGAGGAAAAAAAAUAUGAUUUUGAAGAACUGGAAUUAAAGUACAAAGAUCAAGUUGGUAUUCUAAAGUCAAAUUUAGAAAACGAAAAGACUCAGCGCGAAAAACUAGAGCAACAAAUGAAACAGUGUGAAAAAACUGUUACUCCGGACGAAUGCAAACUUGCAGGAAAAUGUAGCGAAGUGGUUGUUCACAAUAAUCACAAGCAGAGGACAAAACACGUAUCUCAGUUAAAGGAAAAAAUAAGUGUUCAACAGAUGGACCUUCUACGAUUGCGGCAGGAACUUGAUACGAAAAACAAUCUGAUCGAUGAACUGCGCCAGGCCAAUGAAAAGCUGAAAGUUGACGAGCGCCGGCAAUUUGGAGUGGGGAAGGAGAACCUCCACGCGGUUAUUUCGUCGCCGCACAAUAAGUCGUUGUUUCCAAAAAGCGCUAACACGACACCCGUAUCGUCGCCUCAUAAGCCACUCACUCCGCUACGUGAUAGGAACGAAUGA